AUGGCUAAUGAUACAACACUUGAUCCCCUUGAUUUUGCUUCAUGUCUUGAUGAUCGUAUUAUUCAAAAUGGUCAACAUGAAGGUCGUCAAUAUGGUUAUCAACGUGGUUUUCGACAAGGUUUUUGUCGUGGUCUUGACUAUGCACUUGAAAAUCAUCGUGAAAUAGCAACUAUAGCUGCUUAUUGUGAACAAUUACAAGAAAAACUUGUUUCAACAAAUGAUUCUAAUCAUCGACAAAAACGUUUAUUAAAUGGUAUUAUUGAAUCAUGUCGUGAAUUUCGAAUACUUCUACCAGAUAAACCACGAUAUGCUGAAUUACUUGCAUCUAUACGAGCUCGAUAUCAACAUUUAACUGGAACAAGUACUGAUACAAUAGAAAAAUCAAAUUUAACUUUUUAG